AUGACUCCGGACACUCGCGGCGCCCAGGGGAACGACGGGUUUGCGGGAAAGAUAGGAUGGGGAAGGAGACCAGCGCUACUACUCGUCGACGUCUGUAACGCUUACUGGAGCGCAACUAGUCCAUUGGACACCAGAUCCAACCCUGCGUCGGCGGCUGCACCCGCUUCGAUUGCGAAACUCGUUGCGGCCGCCCGCCAAGGCAAGACGGGCAAGACACGGUUGUUCUGGACGCGGGUCGAGUAUACCGAACCAGACAUGGCGGACGCGGGGCUGUUCUACACCAAAGUCCCGCUGCUGAAGCUGUUCCAAACCGGCUGCCAGACGGAUGAUGGCCUUGGCGACUGGAUGCCGGGACUAGAGCCCGCUGCCGACGAGUUGGUCAUCACCAAGCGCUACCCGUCAGCCUUUUUCGCGACCGAUCUUGCCAGCAGACUCCGGUCCCUCAACAUCGAUACCCUAGUUAUUUGCGGCGUCAGCACGAGCGGCUGUGUGCGCGCAACUGCCCUCGACGCCAUGUGCUUGGGCUUCCGACCCAUGGUAGUCGGCCAGGCCUGCGGUGACCGCUCACCCGCCGUUCACGAUGCCAGCAUGUUCGAUAUGAACGCGAAAAUGGCGGAUGUUGUAUCCGAGGAAGAGGCGGUUGAGAAGCUGAGGGCUGGGUGGCAGUGA